CUCUCUCUCUCUCUCUCUAUUUCAUUUUUUUUUCGUCAUUGAAAUAGAGAAAUUUUGUGUGUGUGUGUGUAUGUGUGGAGAUCUAAAUUGAUAAAAGAUGCAAGUUGUUUCUCCUUCGUCUCCGGCGCCGGAUUUCGCCGGAAAAGAGAGAUUCGCCGAGGUUUACGGAAAAUUGAGUGACGAUUUUAGCUCCAAAUUGAAAGUCGGUUUUAGACAGAAAGAAGAAAAAGAAGAAGAAGAGAAAAACAGACAUAGAAAUCUGAAGAAAUCGUGGCGGAAUCACGAAGAGUCCGAUGAAGAAGAAGAAGAAGGAGAUGAAUUCUCGUUCGCGAGUGUAAACGCAGAGAAUUCACCGAUAACCGCAGAGGAAGCGUUUGAAGACGGUCAGAUCCGACCGGUUUACCCUCUCUUUAACCGGAAUCUCCUCUUCGAACCAGAGGAAAAAUCUCUCCGUUCGCCUCUCAAGAAGCUCUACGUGGAAAGCGAGGAAGCCGCGACGGCGGAAGAAGAAUCGGAGCCGAUGGGACCGUACUGCUCGUGGUCAGGUAGAGCGGUGGAGGAAGCUUCGCCGGAGACUUGCCGGAAAAGCAACUCCACAGGGUUUUCGAAGCUAUGGAGGUUUAGAGAUCUCGUUUUGAGAAGCAACAGCGACGGUAAAGACGCGUUUGUGUUCCUGAGCCACAGAGACGCCGUCGACAAGAACCAGUCUUCGUCGUCUUCUCCGGCGGCGACGAAAUUGGCCGGCGGUAAGAGAACGGAGAAAGGGAAAGAGAAAACGAAAUUGGAGAAGAAGAUGAAAUCGAAAUCGGCUCACGAGAGGCUGUACAUGAGGAACAGAGCGAUUAGAGAAGAAGGAAAACGUAAAUCGUAUCUUCCCUACAAACAUGUCGGAUUCUUCACCAAUGUCAAUGGUCUUACAAGGAAUGUUCAUCCUUUCUGAUUUAACUUUCUUCUGCUAAUAUAAAUUAAUUUUAUAAAAAAAUGGUUAAUUUGUUUCUUCCCGACAAAAGCUUUGCCUUUAUAUGUACAGUAUAUCUAACUUUUUUGUUUACCUUUGGUCUGUAUUUAUAUAACCUUUCUUUUUGUAAGUAAAGUUUAAAACUUUCUUAUUAACUUUCGAAAUCACUUGUACGAUUGAUUGUAUCAUUUGAU